GUGUACAUUCAGUUGGUGGACAGUGAUUUGCAUCCAGAACCUUAGCAGGAGAAGAGCCUGGGAAAUGUUUUUAAACUUCUAAUCUCUCUGAUACAAGAAGAUGCAAGAAUUGGAAAAGCCCCCUAACAUUGUCCCUCUUGCUGCAGUAACUGGCCUCCAUGAUGUUGAUGAGUAUAUGCAGGCCCAGCUCCUUCUAGCCGCUCUGAACAUUGCUACACAUGUCUUGAAGCCGGGGGGCUGCUUUGUGGCCAAGAUAUUCCGAGGCCGGGAUGUGACACUUCUCUACAGCCAGUUGCGUGUCUUCUUUUCCAGCGUGCUCUGUGCCAAGCCCAGGAGCAGCCGGAACUCCAGCAUUGAGGCCUUCGCUGUCUGUCAGAGUUACGACCCUCCUGAGGGCUUCACUCCAGACUUGUGCAGACCCUUGUUGGACCACUCUUACGACCCAGAUUUCAACCAACUGGAUGGUCCCAGCCGCAUCAUUGUGCCUUUUGUGACCUGUGGGGACCUGAGCUCCUAUGAUUCGGAUCGCAGCUACCCACUGGAUCUAGAGGAUGGCUCAGAGUACAAGUAUACUCCACCCACACAGCCGCCCAUCUCGCCACCGUACCAGGAAGCUUGCAGGUUGAAGAAGAAGGGAUGGCUGGCCAAGGAGAUCCGCCCCCAGGACCACCCCAUCAGCAGAGUGGACACAUUGCCCCAACCCCUGGCCGCCCCUGAGUCUCACACCCUGCUGGCCCCUGAGAUGGAAGACGAUGAAAUGAAUUGUUCACCUUAAUCCCUUAAGCUGGCAUGCUGAUAGAACUCAGAAACUGCUCGCUAUCAGGAAAACCGGAACUUGAGUUGAUGAACUUGUUUUCAGAUAUCUCAUCAAUGGGGCCUGAAUGAACAAGCCCUGAAUAGGAAUCUGCAUCAAUCAUGAAGACAAUAAGGAAAGAAACACACCGCAGAAAUCUGUCUGUGCUGCAAUAGGAAUUCUUGAGUGAGGUCUUACCUCUUCUCUAAACCUCAUCAGGGAUGUCCUGAUUAUGUCCAGAAUUUCCCCUGAAAGCGGAGGUUCUUAACCUGUAUAGAAAUCAGGGGUAUCCAUGAACUUGAUGAAGGAAAAAUGUUACAUGUUUAUUUUAACUAAUAUAACAGAAAUGUAGCCUUACUCCCAGUUAUAAAUGCUGGCAACUAAUGGCAAUAGGAAAAGCGGUACUUGCAACUUUCCCACCAAUACUGUUACUUUUUAUGCUACAUUACAAUUGUCACAGGCAUCUUGAAAUACUAUUCACAUUCAUCACCACUUGAAAUGAUAGCAGAUCUUAUAAUUUGAUGUACUAAUAAAUUGACCCGUAUUGUACUACAUCUCUGUUUUGUUUCAGCUUAAUAUGUGGUGAUAAUUGUAUUUCAGUGUAAUUGGCUCCAUUG